GUGCCCACUACCUCUACUUUGUCGCCACCUAGCGGUGUGACUUGGCACCGCAGGCCGCUUUCAGACUGGCUUGUGAAACCGACGCGGAAAGUCCCGCGCUGUGGAAAUCCCCACGGCCUUUCCGAGGAGAACUGAGAGCGGAUUCUGGUUCGUCCUUUCAGUUAAAUGGUGAAACGAAGCGGAUUCUAUGGCAGAAGCUUAAUGGCGGUGCGGAGCGCAGCGGCGGCACCGAAACGAGCGGCAGCGCGACUGUCUUCUUAGCGUCUCUAUAAGGACUGGCGGUGUGUGUGUUGUUCACGCGGACAUAUUGUACAGUUUUUCCCCAGGCUCCCGCGCACGUUCCCCAGGAGAGCACCAUGUCCCAAGGCCAGAACUUCCUGCCCAAGUUCCUGUUCGUGAGCAACCUGCUGAAGGCCAUGAAGAUCCGCGAGCGGGUGCCCAACGACGUGGUGAAGCCCUCCGCAACCGGCGGCAUCAUCCCCCACCUGCGCAGCAUGCACCGGCACACGGUGGAGAUGAUCCGCAUGGGGCACUUCCCGCAGGCCUUCCGCGAAGUAGUCCAGACUGCUGUUCUGGACCGCGCCAUGCAGAUGUCCCUCGAGCAGGAGAAGAGGCUCAACUGGUGCCGAGAGGUCCGGAAGCUGGUGCCCCUCAGGACUAACGGGGAUGGGAACUGCUUGCUUCACGCCGCCUCCCAGUACAUGUUGGGAGUCCAGGACACGGACCUGGUCCUCCGGAAGGCUCUAUACGGGGCGCUGAAGGAGACGGACACUCGCAACUUCCGCCUGCGCUACCAGACGGAACUGCUGCAGUCGCAGGAGUUCACGCAGACAGGACUGCGCUACAACACACUAAACUGGGAGGAGGAGUGGGAGAAGGUGGUGGAGAUGGCGUCUCCAGAGAGCAGUUCCCAAGGGCUCCAGUAUGAGUCGCUGGAAGACAUUCACAUUUUUGUCCUGUGCAAUAUCCUGCGCCGACCCAUCAUCGUCAUCGCAGAUCAAGUGUUGAGAAGCAUGAAGUCGGGCUCUUCCUUUUCCCCCUUGAACGUCGGCGGAAUAUACCUCCCGCUGCACUGGCCGCCGGGAGACUGCUACAAGUAUCCCAUAGUGCUCGGCUACGACUCGCAGCACUUCGCGCCGCUCAUCACCGUUCAGGACAGCGGCCCAGAGAUUCGCGCCGUGCCGCUGUGCCACCAGGGGAGGGGAGUCUUUGAGGAGCUCAAGGUCCACUUCCUCAUCGAGAAGGAGCAGCUGCAGAAGGACAAGCUGCUCAAGGAGUACCUGAUGCUGAUCGAGAUCCCCGUGAAUGGCUUCAGCCAGGGGACCACGCACAUGAUCAACGCGGCCAGGCUGGAUGAGGGGAAUCUUCCAGAAGACAUGAACCUCAUGGAGGACUACCUGCAGCUGGUCAACCACGAGUACAAGUGCUGGCAGGAGGACAAGGAGCCGGCGUGGGAGCCUCGAGCGCAGCGGGCCGCGCCCUUCUCCGUCUCGCAGCUUUCGCUCAUCGAGAUCCGCUGCGCCACGCCUCGCUGCACCUUCUACAUCUCCGUGGACACGCAGCCGCACUGUCACGAAUGUUACGAGAAGCGGCGAGCCGAGAGGAAUCCGGAGCCUCGUGUCCUGGAGGCCGAGACCAAGACCCGCACCACGCCGCCUGUCGCUGCCGCCGUGGCCACGACUAGCCCCCGCUCAGCUCCCCCCACGGCGCCCAGCCUUAGCCUGUACAGCGAGACACAUGCCAUGAAGUGCAAGACGCCUGGGUGCCUGUUCACGCUCAGCGUGGAGCACGACGGACUGUGCGAGCACUGCCACAGCGCCCUGCUCCAGCGGGGCAGCUGGGGGGCCGAGCGCUGCGCCGCGUGCCAGCAGGAGGCCUUCCGCCUCUUCAACGGACUGUGCCCCCCGUGCCUGCAGAGGACAGUGAAGGAGAGGCCAGAGCCGCAGCCGCAGGCGCCCCGGGCGGAGCGCUCCCUGGCGGAAUGGGUGCCGCAGAGCAGAGAGGUGGCAUCCGCGGUGCCCCGACUUCAGCGGGAACUGCCGCUGGUUCGCAUGUGCAAGAGAUCCGGGUGCAAUUUCUUCGGGACGCCGGAGCAGCUGGGGUUCUGCUCCAUAUGCUACGAAGACUACCAGAUCAAUCACCGGCCGGGUCCCGCAGCAGCGGUCGUGCAACGAUCGCCCCUUCCCACCCGGGCCUGCGUAGAGCCGGGCGUGCACAACUCCUCGCGGUGCCGGAGAGCCGGAUGCGGAGCCGCCGGCCGCACCUCCUACGAAGGCUACUGCAAGAAGUGUUUUGUGAAGGAGCAGGAUGUGCGUCUGUGCCAGGCGAGCUCCCGGGGGGCCCAGUCCCCACCGCUGGCCAUGAGAGCUGCUCAGCCCAGGGCACCGCUGGGCCAGGUGCGGUGCGGUCGAAACGGCUGCAGGAACGCCCAUCCGGGCUGGGUGGAACUCUGCUCCGAGUGCCAGUCGCGUGGGAAGAGGGAGGGGCACCGAAGCCACGCCCACGAGGAGGCGGCGGCUACGAAGCAGCGCUGUCGGACCGUUUGCUGCGACCACUACGCCAACCAGGAGAAGCACGGCUACUGCAACGAGUGCGCCCACUUCAUGCAGAUCUACAGGGGCUGAACUCGAGGGGGGGAGGGGCGUCCGGCGAUGUCCGGGCGAGCGGUCCACGCGUUUACCCAUCAUGCAAUCUGGCGUCUUUGUGCUUUCCACCUGUUUGUUGCUGUAGGAGCGCAUCAGGUUCGAGUGGUCUACCUGAACUGACUUAGCGUUUUACUGCCACGUGCAGCAUAAUGAAUGGCUAUAACUUUUUGUUCUUUUUUUUGUUAUAUAAACACAUGACAUUGUGACCAAAGUUAGCAAUCGCAACGUGGAAAGGUGUUUCCGGCCUCGGCGUAGCCUGCCGGACCGAAAGCCCGUGCGGAGGAGUGGCCGUUUGCGCGGCCGGUGACCUGCAGCUCUACGCGAGGUGUCAGUCAGAUUGCCUGGAGUCGACGACGGAGCGUGCGAACCCAGGGCCGGCCCCACCCCCCACCCCCCACGUUUAGGAUGAUGGUGCUAAUCGUGCUAAAACCUAACACUCAACAGUUAAACCGCAGAGAUUCUGUGACGUUUUUGGGUUCAAGAGCCGCCGUCCUUUUUAAGUGUCCAAGACACACCUUUUUUUUUUUUUUUUUUUUUUUUUUUUUUUUAAAAUGCCUGCUUCUUUUGUGUGUAUGUGUUUUAUCGGAGUCGGCUGCUUCGCCCCAGGUUGGCAACGCGAAUGCCGCGAGAACCUGCGAACGAGUCCCGUGCAGGGUAGUCCACAAGACAGAACGUUACUAGGCAGUCCCCUCUCUUUGUUGCGGAAUUCAUCCGGCCCCGAUUCGGAAACCGCCCCCCAGAAAAAUGGAUCCCAGCACGUGACGAGGCCCGCGUAAACGGUAACUUUUACCUCGACGAGGAGGAUCCAAAGAGGGUUUGGCUACAUAUUGCAAGGAGUUAAAGUAAUAACUGAGUCGGUUUUGCAGAUGUUUUAUUUGAACCAUGUGCGCAGUGUAAUUAAUGUUAUAACCAUGAAGUCUUAAUCACAUUAAGGGAAUUACCCACAUGAAAGAAGAGUAAAAGUCCCUUUGUCAAAGAAGGAAAGAGGAAACAAACCCUGGAGAGAAAAUCCCUGGUGUGUCUGAUGCUUCGAUUGAGGGAUCGUGGAGGGGGUGGGGGGUUGGGGGGGCUGGAAGGUGGAAGGUAAACACACCUGUGUGACUCAACCACCACCACCACUACCUGUCCUAUUCAUAUCCAGCUGUUCCCCCCUCCCCACCACCACCACCAGCACCACCAGCACCCCAUACCCAACAUCUGCUCUCACCUCCCCCUUGCGAGCCCUUCGUUUCGCUUUCACUUCUGUACUUCCACAACAGUCCACAGUGUCCGUAGCGCUGCGGCGUGUCGCGUUCGUCGAUAACGUGUCGCACGUGCACGGCCGAGAUCGUUGAAAAACUGGUCCGGUGUGUUUUGCAGUCUGGUUGUUUUUCGUUUUUCCUUUCUCAUACAGUUAGCACAGCAUAUUCGCAAAGGCAAGUCUACAUUUACGAUCGAUCUUGGCAACUUAGAAGAAUACCUGUAAAGUAUAUAUCUCUGGAAAAAAGUAGUAGUUGGACUGUCUGUAGUUUCGUUUUGAACCGGGUCGAUAGGUAAAAGAGCGCCUAUGUACAGAUAUCGGUGUUUAGAAAGUGGCCGCAAACUGGGCGAUCCUUCGCAAACUUGUACAGAGACAUUUAAGGUAUUUACAUACACAUUGUGGAUGUGAAGUCAAUCCAUCAAAUUGCAAUGUUGCACAGUACUUUUAUAAGCUGUUCUGGAAUAUAGGGUGGUACUACUUUUAACCUCGGUGUGAACAUUCCAUGGAUAGACAAAAACAAGGAAAAAAAAACCUUAAUUUCUUGACAAAAUAUUUGAACCGUAUUGUUCGAAAAGCUGUUUUUGUUUGGUAUUUAUUCAGUGAAAAAUAUCAGUAAU